AUGGAGAUCCUUGCCUCGGCGGUGAUCCAGUGUCUAGGCUUGGGCAACGUCAUGUCACCGACGCACGUUGCAAGUUUCAUCCCGGGAUACAGGAAGAAAACCGUGAAGAUUGAAGCCGUUGAAACACUGCGACUGGGCGCUCAUCCCAAUCUUCUCUGGGUGCGCAUACACACAGAGGAUGGCUGCACCGGUCUGGGUGAAACGUAUUUUGGUGCCGGGCCGAGCGAAGCGGAUGUUCACGAACGCAUCGCACCCAUAAUUUUGGGACAGGAUGCCAGCCAGAUUGAAUUCCUGAACAUGAAGAUGCAGCCAUAUGUCGGCUUCACGGGAAGCGGCGCGGAAGUGCGGGCGCUCGCAGCGAUUGACGUGGCGCUUUGGGACAUUGCUGCAAAAUCGGCUGGCAAACCGUUAUGCGAUCUUCUGGGGGGAAGAACCCGGACCGGAAUUCAGGUCUACAACACUUGUGCUGGAGCGGACUACGUCUCCAAGACCUCGGCGGUGAGACCCGAUAAUUUCGGGACUGACGGCGCGAAACAGGACAGCGGUCUUUAUGACGAUCUCAAUGGGUUUUUAAACCAUCCCGAAGACCUUGCCGCGUCCCUGUUGGACAUGAACAUCUCCUCCAUGAAGAUCUGGCCGUUCGAUCUGGCAGACGGCGCUGUUGAUGGCGUCGAUAUUUCCCUGCCGGAUUUGAAAAGGGGUGUCGAACCGUUUGAAAGGAUCCGCAAGGCACACGGUGACAAAAUCCGCUUGAAGGCGGAGUUGCACGGAUUGUGGAGCCUAAAUGCCGCAACAAAAAUCGCGAACGUACUUGAACCACUCGACAUGGACUGGAUCGAAGAUCCGGUCUGGAUGGACCGUCCCCACGAAGUGGGCAAUCUGGCGAGCGUGACAUCGGCCCCGCUGGCAGGCGGCGAGACGCUCGCAAGCCUCGGACAAUUCAAGUCUCUGAUCGACGAAGGCAACAUUUCGACACCCAUCGUGGAUGUCGUAUGGGCGGGAGGCGUCACGGCUGCACGAAAAAUAGCUGCUCUUGCCGAAGCGAGUUCACGCCCGAUCGCCUUUCAUGACUGUUCCGGUCCCGUCACCCUCGCCGUUUCGACACAUCUCGCACUCAGCCUUCGAAAUGUCAGGGAACAGGAGAUAGCUCGGGGCUUCUACUACAACUGGUACCAGGAUUUUGUGGAUCAUCUGCCGCCCAUUGAAAACGGGAUGAUAUCAAUUCCUGGCGGCCCCGGUCUGGGAAUGGACUUGCAGCCGGAUAUCUUCAGGCGCGCCGACGCGAUCCACAAGACAACCAGAGUGGAAUGA